GCCCCAAAAGGAGCCCCCACCUGUCUGUCUCUUGCUCUCCUGCUGCUGCUGCUGCUUCGGAGCUGCUGCCCUGCCUCUGCUCGCCUCGCUCGCUGCCUCCUGCUGCCACUCAUCCCUCCUCCAGCUUCCAUCAACCCUGGAACUCCCCUUCCCUGCCUCCUUCCAUCGCUGCUCUGCUUCCCAGCUGAGCCCCAUCCUCGUUCCUCCUUGGAUCUGCCAGCCAGACAGCCUCUUUCCCUCCUGGAUCUGCCAACUAUCUCUUUCCUCCCUAGAUCUGCCAAGCCACCUCUUUCUGCCCCCCUUAUUUCACCCUACAUCUGCCAACCACCUCUUCUUCCCGACCCCCUCAUUCCCACCUUGAUCCGCCAGCCAUUUCUUUCUGACCCUUCAUUCCCUCCUAAAUCUGCCAACCACCUCUUUCUGCCCCCCUGAUUUCACCCUAGAGCUGCCAUCCAGCCUUUUUUGACCCCUCAUUCGCACCUUGAUCUGUCAUCCAUCUCUUCUGCCCCCUCCCUCAUUCCCACCUUGAUCUACCAUCCAGCCCUUUCUGAGCCCUCAUUCCCUCCUGGAUCUGCCAGCCAGCACUUUCUGCCCCACUUUCCCCCAUCCUUCCCAGCCCUCCAGGUCCUGCAUCCUUCUCUUUGCCCAGCUUUCCAUCACUCUUCUUUUCUCUCCUUUCCAUCCCUCCCUUUGCUGUCCUGAUCCCCCUGGUGUCUGUGGGUCUGGGCAUUGGGGCUUCUCCCGCAGGGGGCACAGAUGGCACUGCUGAGCUCCCCCACUGAGACGGAAUGCCUAAACAAGCACCUUUUCUGUCGGAAGGGGGCACUUCGCCAGAAGGUCAUCCAUGAGGUGAAGAGCCACAAAUUCACUGCCCGCUUCUUCAAGCAGCCCACCUUCUGCAGUCACUGCACCGACUUCAUCUGGGGGAUUGGAAAGCAGGGGCUGCAAUGUUUAGUGUGCAGCUUUGUCGUUCACAAAAGAUGCCACGAAUUUGUCACAUUCGAGUGUCCAGGAGCUGGGAAAGGACCCCAGACAGAUGAUCCUCGGAGCAAGCAUAAGUUCAAAAUCCAUAGCUACAGCAGCCCAACCUUCUGUGAUCACUGUGGCUCCCUUCUUUAUGGGCUGGUCCACCAGGGAAUGAAAUGCACCUGUUGCGAGAUGAAUGUGCACAAACGCUGUGUCCAUUGUGUGCCCAGUUUGUGCGGCGUGGACCACACAGAACGCCGGGGACGCCUCAAACUCCACAUUGAGACAUUUGGGAGUGAUGAGAUCCGUGUGACUGUUGGUGAAGCACUGAACUUGAUCCCAAUGGAUCCCAAUGGCCUCUCAGAUCCCUAUGUGAAACUCAAGCUGAUCCCUGACCCUAAGAACCUAACCAAACAAAAGACCCGGACAGUGAGAUCCACUCUCAAUCCGGUGUGGAAUGAAACCUUCAUUUUCACUCUGCAGCCAGGUGACAUGGAACGGCGGCUCUCCGUUGAGGUGUGGGACUGGGACCGGACAACCCGCAAUGAUUUCAUGGGAGCCAUGUCUUUUGGGGUCUCAGAGCUUUUCAAGGGCCCUGCGGAAGGCUGGUACAAAUUGCUCAAUCAGGAGGAGGGCGAGUAUUAUAGUGUCCCUGUGGCUGAUGCAGAAAACUGUGGGCUGCUGCAGAAAUUUGAGGCUUGCAACUUCCCUCUGGAGCUCUAUGAGAAGUGUCGGCAUGGCCCCAUCCAGUCACCAUCUCCGAGUCCUACAGAUUCCAAGCGUGGUGCAUUCUUUGGCAUCAAUCGCUUCCACAUCUCGGACUUCAACUUUCUUAUGGUGCUGGGCAAAGGCAGCUUUGGGAAGGUGAUGUUGGCAGAGCGCCGUGGGACAGAUGAACUAUUCGCCAUUAAGAUCCUCAAGAAAGAUGUGAUCAUCCAAGAUGACGAUGUAGAAUGCACCAUGGUGGAAAAGCGAGUCUUGGCCAUGGGAGAGCGUCCGCAUUUCCUAACCCAACUGCACUCUACUUUCCAAACUGCGGACCGACUCUAUUUUGUAAUGGAGUAUGUCAACGGAGGAGACCUGAUGUAUCACAUCCAGCAGGUUGGGAAAUUCAAGGAACCACAUGCUAUGUUUUAUGCUGCAGAAAUUGCAAUUGGCCUCUUCUUUUUGCAUAAUAAGGGAAUUAUUUACAGGGAUUUGAAACUGGAUAAUGUAAUGUUAGAUGCCGAUGGUCACAUUAAGAUCACAGAUUUUGGGAUGUGCAAAGAAAACAUUUUCCCUGGCGUUACCACCCGAACAUUUUGCGGAACACCUGACUACAUUGCUCCAGAGAUCAUUGCCUAUCAGCCGUAUGGGAAGUCUGUGGACUGGUGGUCAUUUGGUGUCCUUCUGUAUGAAAUGUUAGCUGGGCAGCCACCAUUUGAUGGAGAGGAUGAAGAUGAACUCUUCCAGUCAAUUAUGGAGCAUACAGUGUCCUAUCCCAAAUCUCUUUCACGAGAAGCUGUUUCUAUCUGCAAAGGGUUCUUGACCAAACAUCCACUGAAGCGUCUGGGCUCAGGGAUAGAUGGGGAGCGGGAUAUUCGGGAACAUGCCUUUUUCCGCUGGAUGGACUGGGAGCGACUAGAGCAGCUGGAAAUUCCUCCACCUUUCAUCCCCAGGCCAUGUGGCCGGAGCGGAGAAAACUUUGACAAAUUUUUCACACGGGCACCACCAGCGCUGACACCCCCAGACCAGUUGGUCCUGGCAAGCAUUGACCAGAGUGAAUUCCAAGGGUUCACCUACAUCAACCCUGAUUUUGUGCACCCCUCUACAUUGCGGCGGGGAAGCCUGUCUCCAACAGGGUUGCCCCUCUCCCCAACGGGUCUGCCCCUCUCCCCAACUGGAAUCCUACCUUCCCCUACCUCCCUAGUGUGAGAAUGAGUCCUCUUCGUACCCCGGGAUACUAAACUUCCCUAAGUCAAGCCUUGCCUGUAGAAAUCUGCUCCUGAGAGCAUGACUCCAGCUUGAAACCCAGCCCUAACCCUGACCUUAUACAACCUCUCUCACAUUCACAUUUUGUUAAAUGCCUCUUCUAGUGUGUUGCUUCCCUCCUCCUUUACCUCCCUUCGAUGGAACCAAACUGGUGAGGUUAACAAUGAAAGCACACACACACACACACACACAUUGACUCUAUAUAUGUCUAUAGAGAAACAGAGGCCAGAAUUCACUUGGGGACUUCUUAUGUUUUUUGUUAGUGGACUUACGUCUGCAGAAAAUGGAAUUGAACAGUUUUGCAAAGUCCGUAUUCAGCAGGGGGUUGCUGAUAUGUUACUAUGUAGUGGAGCCAGUAAAAUGACUGAUGCGCAUCAGGACCAGUGUGCAUUGGGACCAAUGAACAAGUAGCCCCAAGGCACAACCAGCCCCAGUGCACAGUGGGACUAAUGCACAUUGGGACAUUGGCUAGAGAAUGCCAAUGUGUUUUGUUAAAGCCCAGUGCACAUCAGGAAAUUCUUGCUGGCAUCCUGUUACGUAUCUUUACAGUUCACUAACAGGGUUCCUUAGCAUUUCUGCUAUGUAGUUAAAAGGUAUACAAUAGAGAAUUCUGUCUGUAGAUUUUUAAUACUCUGGUUAAACAGGAGUCCUUCCCAAUGGUGUCACUAGGGUUGGAGUCACCCCAAUGUGGUAACUCAUGCUGUAACCUCCCAGGCUCGGAGCUGCUUGGCCAGUGGUCCUUUGGGAGUAAAUUGGGCUGCUAUGGGCGAGAAAGGCCCUGGUCUAUUUUUUGCCAAUGGCUGGUGGACCAGGGCACAUGAAGGGAUUCUCUAUGUCCCAGUUUCUUCCAGUCUACCUGCCUUGGUUGCAAGUCUGGAAGGGGUCUAGGCACCAUUUGGUGAUGGGAAAGGCCUCCAGAAUUUGCUGUAGAGUGCCGACAGCACCCUGGCUGGCCUCCUUGAUGCCUCCAGGCAGGUGGACUGGUUCUUUCCCAGAAACUUCAGUCUCCAGGAAUCCCAGUCUACCUGUGGAGAGGCACAGCGGUACACUGCACAACAGAAGGUAGACGCCCCCCCUUUGAGGUGUCACUCGGUGUUCUCCAUGCCCCCUGCAGUCCCCUACAAAUGCCCCUAGUGCUUCCUCAGUCACAGUGACCCUUUUUGAAUGUCCCCAAGUUUCACUGAUCUUGUGUUGUCUCAAACGGUGCCUGUCAUUACAGUACAAAUUGUUCUGCAGUAAAGCCAGUGCUUGAGGUACAAAGGUGCUGCACAACCCAGCCUGUGAAGGUCUCCUGAGUGACUGUUUUUAAAAGGCCCCAAAGAGAUUAUACCUUUGCUCAAAUAUGGAUUAAGAGGAGUGGAGCCUUGCAAUUUUUAAGAAGAGCUUCCAGUUCCCCCUGACCCAUCUGCAACUGAAGUACUUGAUAACUUCCAUAGGAUGAGAAACUACCCACUUCGACCUGAAUGUGGAUUAUUUUCUGGCUAAUUUUAUGCCGUGAUUAUUGGAUGGGAGGAGUAAAGAGUAAGGGGCAAUAGACCAGACUGUAUUUGCUUUGUGAGAAGUGAUGGGUAAUAUGGCUGAAAUUUAACUAGGGGCCACCCAGGACCUGGCCUUUGCCCUAUUCCAUGGUUUUCCCCAGGGCUGCCUUUGGAAAAUGAAAUGAGUAGUGACAUACUCAAAUGAAGUUGUGUCAUGAAAACUGACAUCCAAAUCUGAAGCAGCUGCUUAACUCAUCCCUUUAAAGGCCAUGCCAUUUGGGCUCCGGUGAUUUCUUUUUUGACGAGUGUUGUUUCCUGAUACUGUAAUGUAAAAGGCAGAGAAUUUAAUUAAAUUAAGAAACAAUAAUAAGACGAUCAAUGACCCCCACUCACCUGUGAAUUAUUGCUCUAAUCUAUACCAAAGGUGGGGAAGACAGGAGGUCUGGAGGGAGAGUUUUUGGCCAACAGCACCCAUCAUAGGUCAUACCGCCCCUCCCCAAAAGAAAACUGGAAUUGCUGCAAAGCCCUCUCUAGUUUUGUAAAACAAAAUUUAAAAAAAACCCUUUAAGGGGUAGCAAACAAAGUGCAGGGGAGCUGCACCUUGUUUUAAAGCAAAGUCAUAAUUCCGGAAAUCACUGGAGCCCAAAGGCAUGGUCAUAAUUCCUAGAAAUUUGCCCAUGGUCAUGAUCUACAGUGAAGCAGUGCAGGAAUCUAUUUUGUUGUUGUUUGUCUAGGUUGUAUAUAACAACCUUUCCCAAUGAGGUCCCCUCCAGAUAUGUUGGACUACAAACCCCAUCAUUCCCAACCAGCAUGGUCACUGAAGGCCACCUGUUUGAAGUAGUGUAUACAUAGGAUGAACUUUUCUUCACAUGCUUCAUCAAAAUAUUAUGGGAUAUGCUACUGUAUAUUCAGUCAUAAGGAGUCUGUGUUCCCUUGGAGUAAAUUUUUAAUUGGGAAAGUAUCAGGAAUCAACACUUCUUUGCUUCCUCAAUGAAACUCUCAUUUCAAUGAUUUCCCCUUAUCUCUUCAGUGGUCUUUCUUUGUCCCAUCCCUAGAUCUAAAUGUCUCACACAUGGAGCUUUCCCAAGUCCUGUCUGCUACAGUGUUAGAAUGUAAUCUUAAACUAGUUAUAACUAACUGAAUGUCAUCCCUUAAUUCCUCAUACCUCAUCCAUAGUUAGGAUGCCCAAUUCUACAAUUUCUUAUGAAAUCCUAACCAGCCCUUUCCCCUGCCCAUCCUCAUGACACCUCGCUCUCUGUGGCACGGUCCUCACCCUUUUGAGUCCUGCUGUCUCAGUCCCUCUCACUGACACCUUUGCCUCGCUUUCUCCAACAUAGCUGCCCUUGUCACCCACUCAGCUGUUAAAAAUCAAACUUUGGAAGGAAGUGCUGACAAGCAAUGGAGGUGGUGCUAGACUCUGAGGAGAAAAUAUUUCCCUUCUUCCAUUAACACAGCAUGUCGAAAUGCAAACUUUUUCUUCUCUUUGGUGCAUGGACUAUUAUAUGAAUACUAUACAUAUAUUUAUUUAUUGCUACAUAUCUUCCGGCUUUCUGCCCUGCUAAGAUGUGCAUCUAACCAUCUGCAUCUCUUCUCCCAAGCUACGCCUGUCAGUCUCUUUCCAGUGUGAAAAAGGAGGUGUGGGCAGCUCAAGAUGGCACCUUCAUUCCCUUCUUGAAUUCUCUAGAGCUGCUUCCCCCUGAUUGUAGCCAAUAAACUCUGUCAUGAUUUUUCACUUUUACCUUUUGAUGUGGGAAAGGCUUAUCUGUUUUGUGUGGUGUAGGCAGGAAAAGAGUGGUCCUUAUUUAUGACUUCAUCAAAACCCAUCAGAACAAGUAGCAGCUGUUGGCAUGGGAUGGCACAUUCAAAAGGCAAUGUUUAAC